GCAGCCGUGGUCACUAUAAAUACAAGCAACUUUAGGGUUGCUCUCAACACUACCAUCGACUGCGGCAAAGCUCCAAAUCCCAAAUCCCUCUGAAACCCUAGUCCCAAAACGAUGUCGUCUGAGAAGAAGCUCAUCACCCUGAAGAGCUCCGACAACGAAACCUUCGAGGUCGACGAGGCGGUGGCUCUGGAAUCGCAGACCAUCAAGCACAUGGUGGAGGACGGCUGCGCCGACAAUGCGAUCCCCUUGCCUAACGUCACCGGUGCUAUCCUUGCCAGGGUUAUCGAGUACUGCAAGAAGCACGUCGAGGAGGGCGGCAAGGACGCCGAGAAGGACAAGUCCGGCGAGUCUCCGUUGAAGACUUUCGACGCUGAGUUCGUCAAGGUCGACCAGAAUGUUCUGUUUGACCUCAUUUUGGCUGCUAACUAUCUGAACAUCAAGGGCCUUCUGGAUCUGACUUGCCAGACUGUGGCCGACAUGAUCAAGGGGAAGACUCCAGAAGAGAUCCGCAAGACUUUCAACAUUAAGAAUGACUUCACUCCUGAAGAAGAAGAGGAGGUUCGAAGGGAGAACCAGUGGGCAUUUGAGUGAAGCCAGGGGCUUUCUUCUCAAUGUUGAUAUUAUGAAUGAGAUGGUGAUAGGAAUGUUGAUAUAACAACUAGCUGUUUAUUGCCCCCUCUAGGGAAUCGAGGUUGCUUUUGUCUCAAAUGGAAUGGUGAUUUUCUUUUGUUAGGUUGCUAUGACUCUAAGAUGUGCAAAACCUCUUAUUAUCUAAAUAGUAUGCGGAUUUUAUUUUA